UGGUUAAGGGCUUUCUUUUCGGGGUCACUGUACCCAUGUUAGCCCUGCCCUGGCUGUUUCUGUUCAUCACAACACUUUUGGUCCCACACACUGUCUUCCUUUGCAAUGUCAUGGCCAUCAUCGCAGGGGGGAUCUACGGAAAGGGCUGGCUCUCACUUCUGGACAUGUCCGAUGCCAGGGCAUCAGUGCUGGACAAGAAGAAGCCUUUCAGGCUGCUGAGGAACAUUGAUGUCCUGUAUGUCCCUGCAUCAAUAGAGGCGAGAAGGAAGACAGUCCACCCACCAAUCAUUCCAACCCCAGGCUCCUACCCAGUCCAAGCCUACGCUCCAGUGUCUUCUACCUCCAACCUACAGGCUACCGAGACCACACCAAAGACAUUUGAAGGCUGGGCCCACUCCUACUAUACACAGGGGAGCCCUGUUCAGGUCUCAGGUUAUUACGGACACAACCAUGGAUAUGGCCUCAAGCUUUGGGCCAAGUUACGGACAUGGUGACAAACAUGGACACAGCUGCAGCCACAGCCAAGGUCAUGGACAUAGUCACGAACACAGCUUUGGCCAUGGACUCAGUCAUGGACAUGCAUCUGCCUCUCAAACCAGCAGUCACUGGGCUCCAGUGGCUCAACAUCCACAUUCUCAACAUUCCCACCUCAGUCCAUUGUCUGUGUCUGUCAGUGCCCCAGGGGCGGAAAUCCCGGGGGACGGGGGGGACACGACCCCCCCAUCCU